GCAGUCUGUAUAAACAUGUUAAAAUCUUUUGUUAAAAACUCCCCCAAUACCUAGAAACAACUAUUCAAAAAUGAAAAUACAUCUUUAUGGAGCUGCAUUGGGGCUUUAAGUGUGCUGUUAAUCGUAUAAAAAUGCGGAAGGAUGGAUUGAGAGUGGCUCCACUUCAUAUCUAUAUAAGACUUGGAGGACAAACUUAUCUAGCACUGUAUUGUUUGUUCCGGUCUUUCAUUAUCUAUAUUUGAUACUUGAAGAGAAAUUUCCGCUCUAGUAUUUAUAUUCAAUUCACAUGGAUACAUUUAAAAAAAAUUCAAGUGCAUAUGUUUAUAAUAGAACAGCGUUAACAUCCAGUGUUAUUUAUUUUUUCACCCAUCUUUGCAAACAAUAGAAAUGUGGAUCUUUCAGUUGGCUUUCAAUAUUUCAAAGAAGAAUGUGUUCAGUAUCAUGCGGUGAGGAUGGCAAUAAAACGAACCAAGUCCAACAGUAGGAUUUUCUUGUUCCUCGUCUUGUAUCUCACGAUUUACUGGUUCAGUGCUGUAAGGAUAGGAGAGCAUUCAAAAGAUGAUCGUAUUCAAUUCAGAAGCCGGAAGUCACAUGACCGAAUGUCGACACCAUUUGCAUCUGUUAUUCAGGGUACCAAUGACGUCAUGGUCAUCUCUGCUUCCGUGUCCGAUUUAGACAUUAAGAUAGUCUCCAUUGUGGAUAUGGAUGCCCCUCAACGGUCUUUUGACUGUAUUACAUGGCCGGAGGAUAAAAUGAAUACAAGAAUCAAUGCAACCUUACACCUGUGUCCGGAAAGUCACGGCCUGCGGUUUACGGCAGCCAUAUUUUCUUGCAAAGUGCCAAAUACCCGAAUGCCAGACGCUGUAUCCCUCGUCACAAAGGACUGUGAGAAACCUGUCAAUGUUUUACCGGUUAUAUACAACUCAAACGUAGAACGAACGUUUACAGUGUGCGUCUCACCCCUCCAUGCCAUGUACAGCAAGGCAUAUCAGCUAGUGGAAAUGAUUGAAUUCAGUUCUAUCUUAGGAGCCGAUCAUUUCUUUUUCUAUAACUACAGUACAAACUGGAAUGUGGAUCUUGUGCUCAAACACUAUGAAUCUAAAGGACUUGUAUCUGUUAUUCAAUGGAAACUGCCGAUGACGAAAAAUCGAACAGACGAACCAGAUAUCCAUUACUAUGGUCAACUGGCAAUGCUUAAUGACUGCUUGAAUCGAAACAGGGGAGCCAGCAGGUAUGUUGUGUUUCAGGAUCUUGAUGAAAUUAUUAUUCCCAAAAAUCACAAAUCCUGGAACGACAUGUUAGAUUCUCUCCCUGCAAACAUGUCUUCCUACAUGUUUCGAUCAGCAUUCUUUAGGUUAGAUUGGCUAAACGCAAGAACAAACUCAAACGUAUCCAAAGUUGCAAAAUCUUACAAAGCUUAUGCAUUCCUUAAACGAUUCAGAGAGAAUGAAAUAUUUGGACGAGCUACACGAUCUAAAUAUAUCGUUGACCCGUUAAAAGUGGAGGUGGUAGGUAUACAUAACGUUUGGAAGUUUAAGAGAGGUGGCAGACCAUUCUACGUACCACCAGAGGUAGCCCUGGUUCACCAUUAUCGUACAAACGAGAGGGAAACAGGACGUGUUAAGGAUGAUAGCGUACUGAACUUCAAAAACGUUCUCACAAAGAUAAAACAGACUUGGAUAUCAUUAGGUGACAUACCGUUUGGACCGUUGAACUAGUCUCAGGAUGAUGUUAGUGAUAUUCUCUUUCUCCUUUCUCCAGAUUUUGGAGUUAAAAUUCUACCGACAUAGAAAAACAUUGCAUGCAGUGAUCAUCUCCAUGCCUUUUGUUUCAUUAUAGGACAUUCAUUGAAUAAAUAAACUAUGAUUUAUAUUAAAAUAUUUGUUAUGGAUAUUAAGAGACCCUGAACAUGCUUAUAAUGUCUUCUUCAAAAAUAAUUUCUAGGAAUAUUGACGCUGCAUGAUUUUAUAGAUGGUUGUGAUAAACUUAGCUUAUUCAUGUUUUAAUUAUGAGUGUUGUGGAAGCUUGAUAAUAUUUAUAAUA